CUUCUUCACAUCUCGCCACGUUGGCAUAAACGGUUCUCUGUUCUCAUCUCAUUUGCAGUGACACACCACAAACACAACAACCGUUUCACUUUAUCUUUCUCUUUGACCUUUGACUCUCGGUAAAACUCUAAACCCUAAUAAAAUAAUUUUUUCCCAAACCGAUUUCUCUUCCUUCUUCUCCGAUCUGCUGCAUUUUCUCUCUUCCGAUCGGAGGUCGGAGGCAAUUCUCCGAACGGUUGUUUUCCGUAGAUCUAUAGUUUUUGUAACGCAUUAGGAAGAAGAAUGAAGAACACCGAGCGAAUUGCGAAUUUGGCUUUAUUAGGUUUAACGUUAGCACCGCUUGUUGUGAAAGUAGAUCCGAAUUUAAAUGUUGUUUUGACUGCUUGCAUCACUGUGUUUGUGGGAUGUUAUCGGUCCGUCAAACCAACCCCACCAACUGAGACAAUGUCAAACGAACAUGCUAUGCGUUUUCCCUUUGUUGGGAGUGCAAUGCUAUUAUCACUUUUCUUACUCUUUAAGUUUCUAUCUAAGGACUUGGUGAACACUGUGUUGACAGCCUACUUCUUUGUACUUGGGAUUGUUGCACUAUCCGCAACAUUGUUGCCAUCUAUUAAACGCUUUUUACCAAAUCAUUGGAAUGAGGACCUCAUAGUCUGGCGUUUUCCAUAUUUCCGCUCUAUCGAGAUUGAGUUUACAAGGUCACAGAUCGUUGCUGCAGUCCCUGGCACUUUUUUUUGCGCCUGGUAUGCUUUGCGGAAGCAUUGGCUGGCAAAUAAUAUAUUGGGUCUUGCUUUCUGUAUUCAGGGAAUUGAAAUGCUUUCUCUAGGCUCUUUCAAGACUGGGGCUAUUCUCUUGGCUGGUCUUUUUGUAUAUGACAUUUUCUGGGUUUUCUUCACUCCAGUGAUGGUCAGCGUCGCAAAAUCAUUUGAUGCUCCAAUUAAGCUUCUGUUCCCCACAGCAGAUUUGAUAAGGCCAUUUUCAAUGCUUGGACUUGGUGAUAUUGUUAUUCCCGGUAUUUUUGUGGCAUUGGCUUUGCGGUUUGAUGUGUCUAGAGGGAAACCACCCCAGUACUUCAAGAGUGCAUUUUUAGGAUACACUUUUGGCGUGGUCCUUACAAUUGUUGUGAUGAACUGGUUUCAGGCUGCUCAGCCCGCUCUUUUGUAUAUUGUACCUGCUGUAAUUGGAUUUUUGGCUGCCCAUUGUAUUUGGAAUGGUGAAGUCAAACAGUUGUUGGAAUUCGAUGAGUCCAAGGCUUCUGCCGAUUCAUCAAAAGAAGAGAGUGAUGCCAAAUCUAGCAAAAAAGAUGAGUGAGUUGAAGCACUUUGAAAAACAAUGCUUCUGAUUCACAAAAGAAAUACUGUUAUUUUCUGGGAAUGCCCAUACUUAAGUUAACUUGUUCAGCAACACACCUCUGUAACAGACUGUGAUUAAAAAAUAUAUGUUAGUUUUAUUUUUCAAA